CUACUUAGAUAACGAAUGCAAUUCUUCUUUUUCAGAAACCAUGUUUUAGAUGCGUUACCUCAUAUUGGAAGCACGGCUUCUUAUCAACUCAUGCGCGACCUACUUCUGACAGAUAGUGUAUCUAAAAAAAUGGCUGUAAAUUGGCUUAAGACAUUAUCAUUUAUUCAACGACCCGAUGAGGAUACAGUUGAAACUUUUUAUACUAUUCUUGAGUUCUCUCGAAGCAAAGCUGAGCCAGAAUAUACUUUGAGUGCCUCCUCGGUUAUACAUAGCUACUGCCGAUAUAAUGCUGAGUGUGGGCAGAAUAUGCGUGUUAAAUGGAUUAUACAGUCUCUUGAAUCAGACUUUAUUCAAAUUUUCAACACGUUCCGCGGCGAGCUGCGUUUAUAUAAACGAAUGAUUGCGAUUCUAAAAGGGCUUGGAAAUAUCGGAAUACUAUCAGAACAUUUUGUUGAGCAGCUGCAGAAAAUCAUACCGGAAAAUUUUCCACCACUUAGUAUACGUUUAGAAGCAAUUUUCGCAUUUAGGCGAUCGAACUGCGAAAAAUAUCGUUCAUUUUUUUUAGACGUUUACGAAAAUUUUACUAUUAAUUCAGAAGUACGCAUCGCAGCUUAUUUACAGGCAAUGAUUUGCCCCGAUCACUUUUCAAUUAAUAAAAUAAAGAAUGUUUUAAAAAUGGAGGAAAUAAAUCAAGUUGGUUCUUUCGUGUGGUCUCAUUUAACAAAUCUGGCUAAAUCAUCUUCUCCGGUCAAUAUUGCAGUUCAAAGCUUAUUACUGAAUGACGAUAUCUCUACAAAAUUUAAACUAGAUAUAAGAAAAUUUUCUCGGAACUACCAACAUACCUUAUUUUUUGACAAAUACAAUUUAGGCACCACCACAGACAUGAAUAUAAUUUUUGGUACUGAGUCAUAUCUACCACGGAUGGCGACGCUGAACUUAACCACUUACCUUUUCGGACAUUCGGUUAACAUAUUUGAAAUUACAGCAAGAGCUGAGGGCUUUGAGCAAUUAUUCAUUGCCAAUUUUAAGCCUGAAAAAUUUUUCAAUCAGUACAGCUUAUUUAGCAAGAGAGGAAUAAAUCCCUUAAUUGACAUUAUCUACAACUGGCUUAGUAAAAACAAUACAGAAAAUGAUGCUGCUUCAAAAAGUUCGACCAACACUGGAAGUCAAUGCAAUCCUAAAACCGCUCUCAAACGAAAGCCAUUUGAGAAUCAUACCAUGGGUCAUGAUAAUUGUGGAUAUAAAAUAUAUAGUUCGAAUGAUUCAAUAUCAAUAAAAGACGUAAAUGAUCGUAAAACAUUAUUUCACAAAAGCAUUGAGCAUUUAGGUUACACACUUAAAUAUGACUACAAUAAUCCAGUGUUUCAAUUUGGAACACGUAUUUUUGGAAGUGAUUUACAUUUUUUCUCUUUAAAUGGAAUUCCCGAAUAUGCAGAACUGUCAAAGAAGUUAGAUGUUUUACAACAACUAUCGGAAUUUCUAUCAGGAAAGGAAAUAAUAUACACAAAAUCAAAGCUGUUCCUCGAUGCUUCAUACGUUAUUCCUCUUGCAGUAGGGUUACCUUUGUCAAUAGAUUUAUUCGGCGCAUCAUCUAUUGAUCUGCGUACAUCAUGCAAGUUGGAUUAUAAAAAUCCCGAUUCUUCCGAUUUGAAUUUUGAUAUCAAAGGUAUGAUUAAACCUACAAUAUUGGUUGAUAUGGUAGGAAGCAUGAGUUCUGAUAUGUUCUAUGCACAGUCUGGAGUUAAAGUGAAGUCUACUAUGUAUACGAACUUCGAGGUUGCAGGCGAACUAAAAGUUCGCGGGAAGAAGUCGGUUACAUUUUCAUUAAGUUUGCCCCAAAAUGCUACUGAUAUUUUUACUGUUCACUCAGAAUUGCUGAAAAUUUCGCGGAGCGCCGACGAAUAUCAAACUGGUAUUAAAAGCCGUAGAUCGAAUUCUAGCUGCACAUGGCCAUUGUUUGAAACAGCUACCGCGCUGAAAGUGUGCCUCGAUUACAGUGUUCCAAAUUUAAAUAAUGCUAAAAAAAUUACUUAUCCAGGCUUAUUGCUGAGUGGUCCAAUGAAUUUCAGCGUAUCAUUAGCAAAAUCUGACCUGACAGCCAAAAACUGGAUGUUUCAGUACACAUAUGAUCAACAUCGUAACGGCUCGAACUGGGCUGUUCUUUUCUUUACGCCUGGAUCUUCAUUUGAACGUUCGAUUACUGCUAAUGUCAGUACUCAACCUGAAAUCUUAAAUGCUUCCCUUUUAUUCGUUCAUGGACUCAGUAAGGUUUCUUCCAUGUGCCAACUUAUCGGAACUAAUAUUUACAGACGGUUUAAUUUCUUACUGGACACGAAUGGAAACCGAAGCCUCGACUUUAGCAUAGAACUUAAGCGAAAGGAAGAACGAAAUGUGUUGGUAUAUAAACCAAAAAUGUUACUUGCCAUAAAUGGUGUUAAUAUAACCGGAGCUGUUGGUACAGUUCGAACAUAUGUGAAAAGCGGCAUAGUACAGAAUGAUAUGGACUUUUCAUUUGAGACUCGCAAGUUGCAAAUGCUCAUUCGAGGACUCCUUGCACAGAGCGAAGUUACUAAAUCCGUUAAUAUCACUGUGAAUUAUAGGUUUCAGGCAAACAAGAUCGAAAGCAUACAUUUUCAAGGAAGGCUGACAAACUCUGACGACGAGUCCAAAGUAGAAUACGAUGGGAAUAUGAAGCUCAAAACCUCGGCACACCCAAAUUUAAACUUUGCCUCAAAUGUUACAUGGCGAUCAUUGCAAGGUCAUACCGAAGGUAUUAUAGCCUUUAACAGUGGUCGGAAUGUCGGUGAUUCGGGAGCCACGAAUAUAUUACAUUUAGUGUUGUCCCGCUUCCACUCAGAAGAAAAGAUUUGGGACGAUUCACGUUUGUAUGCAAGCUUGGAUGUUAAGUUACCACGCAAUAACAUUGAUUACAAACUGUUUUUAAAGCAUGAAGAACGGUAUAAAAAUGGAAGCGAGCAUAACGUAAUACUUGGAGGUCAAAUUAUUCCAGGAAAAGAAGCGUCAAUUCUUUUUUCUAUAUUGAUACCGCGGCAUUCUUUAAUUGCCUUUGAUGUAUUUUUUAAUGUCACAGUAACGAAUUUCAACUCCUGCUCAGGACGACUAAAGUUUGUAGAAAAACUUCCCAAAACUUAUUUGAUAAAUUUUAACGGCACAUGGUUUACUGAACAAUAUAUUGUCAUCAAAUCGAAAUAUAAGGAUUAUAGCACACGACUUCAAAUGCUAAAAAUGAUUGUAGAAAGUGGUUCAUUUGAAACUAUAACUCUUAAUGCCUCAUAUCGACGUGUUCAAGCAUUUACAUAUAGCAACUUCUUGGUUAAAUAUGGCGAAGACCCCUAUAGUUUGAUUAUGCAACUAAAUUUCAAGCCGGACAAUAUCAAAAGCUCUAUUUGCGAAAUGCGCUUACAAUUGAAAGAAAAAGUGUACUGGCUUAAUACUAUCCUACUCGUAAAACAACCACUAAUGGUGCAAGUGGAAAUACACUUAGAUAAGUGGCGUGAUAUUUACAUAAAAUCGAGCGUAUUGCAUUUGGAUACACAAAAAGAACUAUCCUUGGAACUGAACUGGGACAGAAAUCGUGACCCUUCGCGACGACUUCUUCUAGCAGUUGAUUACAAAAAAACUCUCAGUAUGGAUCAAAGUGGACAAGUUUUAGUUACAUAUCCUGAUCGUACAUUGAGCUUCAAUUUUAAUUCCCACAGUCGAGAUUCAGAAAACUAUGGCGAUGUGUAUGUCUCAUGGGCAGUAAACGAAUUUGUCAGUAUAAAAUAUAAUUUCAUCCUAAUGGGCGGAAAUAAUCUAAAUACUAGGAUUUAUACUGAAAUUCAUACACCUUUUCAAGGUUGGCAUAACAACCGGUUGGAGGCAGGUGCGUAUUCCUUCGGCACCUUAUUCGUAGCGAAUGCAUCUGUACUUUGGGGUGAAAAUAAAAAAAUAGAAUUUAUCUGUAAAUCAGACAUUAAUAUAGAUGAAUUUCCAUUCAAUUUAUUUGUGCAUUUCGGAUUAAAUAGUUCAUUUGUUGAAAUUCCAUCAGUAAAUAUGGAAAUGAAUCAUUGCCAUGAUCUUAAUAAAUUUGCCACUGAUUUAAGUUUACUCUACGAUAGUGUAAAUGAGACUGCAAAGAUAUACAGUUGGAAAUCAAUUUGGGAAGUAAGUAAAAAUCGGCAAUAUCAGAAUAUUAGUGGCACCAUCUUGGUACUAAGUCCUCAUAAAGAGUUUUGGAAAGGAAGCUUAGUGACAAAAUUCUGCUUUAAGAAUCAGAAACACGUACUCGGGGCUGCUUUACUAACAUUUAAUUUACGUGAAAUCACUUUCGCUAUGGAUGGCUAUAUUAAUAAAUUUAACGAUAACAUGAUAACGAUUAAUGUAACUACGCCCUUAAAUAAGUUCCGCAAGAUUGAGGGUCGCUUUGGCCUAAUGGAAAAAGAACGACAUGCUGUUGCUCAAAUAAGGACUCCCAUCACAGCUUUAGGCGUUGAAAUAUUGUUCGACAUAAAGACUUUAACCGAUUUCGAUAUUAAGUUUAGUGUGGCGACUCCUAUAGAAAAUCUAAAGCAAAUGGCGUUAUUCACAAAACUAAAAAGGGAUACUGCGGACAUGAGAUGUAUAAUGAAUAACAUUACUGUUGGUUUUAUUUUAACGUGGUUCACGAAUGAUUUGACUGACUUCGAAUAUUCCUGCAAAGUUUUUACUCCUCUUAAAGACGCAGAAGACAAUGGUGUUGUUAUAAAGUUUUUGAAUAAAGAUAAAUUUGUGCUGAAUUUACAUUCUAAACUUUCACGUUAUAGUUGCGGAUUUCAGAUAAGUGGAAAACCGAAAUUACCGAUUCUGAAACAACUUGGUGACAAAGUAAUUGAGCUGGAAUCGAAAUAUGAUGACGAUUUCAGACCACCAAAAAUGGAGGACAGUGAGUACAACAACUUGGAAAAUAUGGACCAUGAAAAUUUUUUCUCUUACAAUAUUGAAUUUCUGAUGGACUUAUUAGUCUGGCCUACUAUUGAAGGGAUGGUCGACAUAGAAGAAGUAUUCGACUACUAUUUCACCACUGGUAACAUCAAACUUCUAGAAGGUUAUGUUGAUAUAAAAAACAACUUAUACUUCCCAGACUAUUUAAACGUAAUAAAUAUCUUGAAAAUAGAAACAACGUUUGAAACUUUAAGAGAAAUUAAAUUGAUUUUGAGACAUCAUAUGGACAUAGAUUUAGAAAACCUAUAUGAAAAGGUAUAUUGUACUGUUAGUAAUCUUUCUAAAGGAGUAGGUUUCGAAGUCAGUUACAAUAAAGUGAUUAAUUACGUAAAAGCGCCAGAACAUCAUUUAAAAUUGAAAUUGUCAUUACCAUCGGAUGGAGAAAUAGAUAUUAAUGGAAAAAUGCACUUAGAUGACACUCUAUUCCAGGGUUAUAUAGAAACAAAUGCAGGGAAAAAGAACUUUUCUUUGGCAGCGGCUUUUGAGGUAAAGCAUAGAAUAUAA